AUGGAUAAUAAUUGUGAGGUUGGCAGAAUAUCGCCUUUUUUCGAGGUCAAAAACACUACUUAUGGAGGUAGAGCAUGCUUUAGCGCUGCACCAUUAGAAAAGGGCACUGUAGUGCUAGAGGCAAACGAUAGUGUGGGAACUUGUGUCGCGUACGAUUUCCGGAAAGAGGUCUGCCAUAAUUGCUAUACUUACCAGGACGGCAAAACUAUGAAAUUCAAAAUGACUUAUCCUGAUAUAGCUCAUCUUGUAACCGAUGAGGUGAAGAUUAAUGCCAAAAAGUUUAAUGGUGCGGGCCUUUGGUUUUGCUCAGAAGCUUGUAAACUGGAAUUUUUGACCCAACCUCAUGUAAUUGAACUUAUUGCAUGCUACGAACUUUUGCUUAGUGUGUUGAAGAUGAUGCAAAAGAGAGCGGUGGAUGAAUUGCAGGAGAGAAGUCGUGAGCAGAUAACAGAGGAUGUCAUAAACCAUGCGUGGCUUGAAGUUAUUGACUCAUGGAUACCGAAAAUUGAUAAGAUGAAACUAUCAAAAAAAAUGAGCCAGCUCCCGGAUAUCACUGAAGAGGAGUACAAUUGCGCGAGGUUUGUCAUCAAAAGCUUAUUCACGCUAAAAUACCUAGACCCAGAGUCACAAACUAAAGCAGCUUUCAAGACAUUGCAGUCGAACGAACUUAGUAAAAUAGCCAGGUUUCCGAUUCUUCUCGAUUUUCAGAUUCUGAUUUUCAAAACGUUGUAUAUUAUCUUACCAGGGUAUACGCGACAAAACCUAUCUGUCAAGCUGUUCAGGCAUAUUUUGGGAUCAGAGUACGGUAAUGCAUUUGGUAUAUGGGAGCAGGAAGAGUUAUCAGAAAAUAGAGAGUUCUUAGGGUAUGCAGUUUACCCAAGGGCAUCAUACUUCAACCAUUCUUGUGAUCCAAAUCUCACUAAAAGUCGUAUCAAAGGAACGAUGGUAUUCACUGCGAACAAGGACGUACCGAAAGGUGAGCCUCUGUGUAUAGACUAUUCUGGACUUCUUAGCCAUACCAUGCUUAAACGACGUCAAUUAUUAAAAGAGAAUUGGUUUUUCGAAUGCUGCUGUACCAGGUGUGAGUCAGAGUUGCAAGCGAUCCAUUAA